AUGGCAAAGCGAAUACAGGGCAAAAACAUCCGUCAUACUAAACACUCGCCAGUGCAAAAACUUCAAAAUGAGACGGAGUUCAACCUGACCAUCCUCAUCAAGUCACUGACACCAUUCAUUUCUGCGUUGAAGCGAAUCCAGAAACAAUUGAACAAAUUUUCCAAAUCUGCGGCAACUAGUACAAGUUCCAAGAAAUAUCAAAAUGAUCAGUAUAAGAAGUUGCAGUAUAUAAAGGUUCGUGGCAUGGGCAAGUGUUUGGAAAAGACGUUGAAAUUGGCGUUGAAAUUCCAAGAGUUGAACUAUCGUGUGGAUAUUGUGACGGGAAGUAUUGAAGUUAUUGAUGAAUUUGAGAAGUUAGAGAAUGAAGAUGAAGAGGAAGAUGAAGAGGAAGAGAAGAUGGAUGUGGAUGUGGAUGUGGAUGUGGGUAAAGAAACGAUGCAGGAGGAUGAUGUGUUUGACGAUGAGGAAAGGAUAUAUCGCAAAAGAAUGGUCAGUACAGUUGAAGUACGAAUAUGGCUCAACAGAGAUUAA